GCUGCAAAGGAGAACUUUGAGUUGGCUCUAGAGGCUGACAACUCAAAUACCCAUGCCAGGUAUUGGCUGUCCAAAUUGCAUUUGAAAUACCAUGUCCCAGGGGCAUGCAAAGCUAUACUAGGCCUUAAAGGGGUUGGGCCUAAGCUGAAACCCAGGCUGGACAAAGGCAAAACUAAGAUGGGUGUGGGCCUGGGCUAGUCACGUCAAGCCGAACCCAAGUGGAGAUGGAAGCUUAAGAAAAGUGGGCCUUCUUUUGAGAUGGGAUCCACAUCCGCUGAGGGGGCCAAUGGGUUGCUGGCCCAAAAACAGCCCAUUGUCAGUGAUGGUUUGCAUUCCUCCUUGCCGGUGAUGGCCCAUCAACAGCGGCAGCAGUCCAUUGCCGAUGGCUCGUCAUUGGCAACAUUAGAGGCUGUGUUUGGUGGCUGUGUCGUCAGUAGCCUCGUGUCGGGAGUGCAUCUGUGAUCUGAGGAGGCUUUACAACUGGAUCCGACAUCUUCUGGAGGAUCUUUGCCCAGCGGAGUGGCACAAAAGCGGGCGAUGGACAUGUCUGGGCUGCCUCCUUCCUUCAUGGUGGAGAUAGCGACACCAUCGGCACCGGCACUUUCAGAACCUUUGCUGGAUCUCACAGAGGAGAGGAUGAGGGUGCUGCAUGGUGGGCUGAUAAUCUGUGAGGAGCCACAGAACAAGCCAGCGGCGCUAUCUGGGCUGCCAGAACCCUCCUCUGGCGCUCAGAAACCAGUAACCUCGCCGGAAUCUAUUUUAGUAGCCGAAAAACCCCUCUUGGCUGCUUUCAACUGUGCGGAAAUCAUGUGCAACUCAGAGGAAGCUGUAAAGGAAGGGGCUAUGGUAGUAUGUGAGCUUCUAAGUGGAGUGGAGAUGAUGGAUGAUAUGGGGGAGGACACAGUGAAGGGCUGCUGUGUUGAGGGGACAGAACCUACUCCAUUGAACUUGUUCCAUCCGAGGGGGUUAGAUUGGGUUAUUCAAACAGCUAUGGAGCUCAAACAUGUCGUUGGGAUUAAAUGCGUGGGUUUUGAAGAUGAAUUUUUGGCACUUUCACAGCUAUGGAAGCUGGUCAUUAACAAGCCACAUAUGAUCCCUCAUUUGGUAUGGGCAAAAAAAAAAAAAGAGAGAGAGAACUCAAGAGGCUUACGUGGGCAAUGAACGAUGAGGGAGGGGAGCAGAGCUCUAACCGGGGACGUUUUAAGGGAAGGGCAGCGACGAUUCCAAUAUGAAGCCAAAAAUCAUUUCUUGGAACGUAAGGGGGUUGAACGAGCAGGCCAAAUGGCUCCAAGUCAGGAACUUACUUCGACAUUGGCAAGCCGAUAUCAUUUACUUACAGGAGACCAAUCUAGAAUUAAUUACCUGGCAAAUAGUUUGAAGUUUGUGGAAAUGGCAUCAUGUUGGGUGGUCGUAUCUACCUUCCAAAGGAGCAUCAAGGGGCAUUCUCAUCAUGUUUGACAAAAGGGUGGUGGAAAGAUUAGAGGAUUGUGAGGGUGAUUUCUUUGUGGCCUGCUCCUUUGUGAGUAUAGAAGAUGGGUUCCAAUGGGCAUUUGUAGGGGUUUAUGGUCCUAAUCUUGAUGUGGAAAGAAGAUCAAUGUGGGAGGAAUUGGCGGGAAUUCUUAAAUGGUGGGAGCUACCAAGUUGUUUAGCUGGGGAUUUCAAUGUAUCACGCUUCCCAAGUGAAAGAGGGGCUGCUUUGUUAGUUGAAGCUGCAGAUAUGGGUGAUCCAGAUGCACAGUACGAAUUGGGUUGUCGUCUGAGAGUUGAGAACAAUCAUGUCCAAUCGGAUCAACAAGCAUUCUAUUAUUUGGAAAAGGCCGUUGACCAGUUGCAUCCAGGUGCUCUUUACCUUCUCGGUGCUGUAUAUUUAACAGGGGACUGUGUGAGAAAAGACAUUGCCUCAGCAUUAUGGUGUUUUCAUAGGGCAUCAGAGAAGGGACAUUCUGGUGCUGCCAUAGCAUAUGGAUCCCUUUUACUUAGAGGUGCUCAAGUCCCUGAAUCUCUUAUGAAAUUCGGUUCGAGGAGUUCUUCUGCCAAAGCAAGGAACAGCGCAGAGAGCCCUGUGAUGGAUCCCGUAGAGAUGGCCAAAAAACAGUUCCAGAUUGCAGCUACAGCUGGAUGUGAUCUUGGCCUAAAAUGGUUGGAUAGACUUGAGGAGGAAGAGAAACGUCUACUUGCCGGAUGAUAUACUGAACUGGACAUUGCUCGGAUAUUUUUCUGACCUAGCUAAGCUAGUAUUGAGUUAAAGAUAUCUGCUGAAAGUCGACUAAUGAAGUCAGUAGUUUAUCUAUGAAAUUGAGUACAUUUUCAGGUGAGCUUCCGCGGGGAGGCGGGGGGCUUUCAGCACAAGCUUCAUCAAUUUCUUACUAGAAAAGGAAAGAAGAAAGGAAGGAAAAGACAGCUUCACUGUACACCCUUUUUGAUCAUUUAUCCCAUGAGUCUUUAUUUUGUUUUGUUAUUACUUUGUUAAGAUGAGUAAGAUGGCUGUCAUGGAAAUAUGUAAGGGUGUAAAAAAUAAAAUAAAAUAAAAUAAAAAAAA